GCCACCGUCGGGGUGGGUCAUGCUCGCUCGUUGCUCGCUCGCUCUCUCAGGGGGACAUUUUUGAUAUCGCUCGGCAGGGACUGAACUUGUGUUAUUGUCUGGGUGACGCGAGAAAGAACAUGUAGCUAUUUCUCACUUUAUGUUCAAACAGUGUUAACCUGAAAUACUUUACCAGAGAGAGGAAUAACGAGUGAUGUAUUUAUUUUUAUUUUACCCCAAACUUUAAACUUCACAACAAAGAUUGAAAAACAAAAUAUAGUUACUAAUCAUUUUAUAUUAACACUUUACUGAAAUACAUGACUCUAGGGGAAUAUUAGAGUUAUUUUAUAUUGUAACUCCAUGAACAUUAUCAAAAAUACUGAAAAUAAACUUGAUAUUAAUUAAGAAUGUUGAGACUACUGUAUUGUAAUAACAUAGUUCAGCCGACGGGGAAUAUAUCUCCAGUGAUUUAACACAACAGGAGUGAAUUUUGUACAUACAGUUAGUGAAGGUUCAUAGUUCUCACACAACACAACCGACACAUAAAAAAUCAGCCAAAACACUGAAAAACAAAAAUCCAAAAGAACAAACAAUUUUAGUUUUAGUUUUUCAGUUUGAGUCUUUUAGUAAUUUGUUUUUUUAUCGAGUGAAUGUGACGAUGAUGAUGACGUGUUGUGGCGAUGGUGGUGGUGAUGGUGAUGGGUAGUGAUAGUGGUUGUUGCUGUGGUGGUGUUACAGUGGUGUCGCGGCCUCCCCAACCACUGCUACCAGGCCCCCGCCAAGAGUGGUAUGACCAUCCCCCCACCAACAACAACAACUUUCUUUCCCAGCAGUCUCCGCCAUACUUGAGGACAUGUGGGUGGGUGCUCGCCUGUGGUCGGUGGGCGUGGUGUGGGCGUGUGUGGGCGUGCGGGCGGUGCUGGGUGCGUGUACCAUGGCAGAGUUCCCCUGCAGGAGUAAACAAUGCGUCAGCCUCGACCGCUACUGUGAUGGCCAGAAGGACUGCGACGACAACAGCGACGAACCCUCAGGCUGUUCACCCUGUAACAGGACGUACUAUGGGCGUGUGGGAGCGACCUACAUCCUCCAUAUCCCUCGACCACACAGAGGAACGCUGCCUCACUUCUGCCAGCUGACCUUCAUCGCUUCAGGGGACUCCUAUGGGGACUUGGUGCAGCUCAGCAUCGACAAGUUCAACCUGGGCAGGUUUGUCUCCCACACCACCUCCGGCUGCCCUGACGGUUACAUGCAGAUCGAGGAGCUGAGUCGCCCUCUCAACUCCGGGUACUGGUGCGGGACGUCCUGGGGCCACAACGUCUUCUACUCCGAGUCCUCUGCCGUCACUGUCAUGCUCCGGGUUUUCAGCCUCAGCGAUGACGACGGUAGACCCACCGGCGUUCUCCCCUCAGGAUACUGUCAUGCUCAGUCUCUCCUACAAGUUCCUGAGAAGGGAGCGGGCGAUACUCCGCUACGGGGCGCCCUACAGUCCCAGUUACCGAGGGGAGGACGUGCCCAACACUUUCUGUGACAAGGAAUUCGAGAACUGUGACAAGAAGAACUGUAAGGUUCAGUCGCCUAACUUUCCCGGGAUGUAUCCGAGGAACCUGACGUGUUACUACCACAUCCGGCAGACGAGAGUGCCAGACGGGAAGGUGGCACUGAUCCGGGUCCGUCAGCGUAAUCCACACCUCAUCUAUAUCAAGGACCGCAAUGCCCCGCACUUGUCGAGGGAACGGAAACUCCAGGUGGGGUCCGCCUGUCACGUGCUGUACGACUACCUGGUGGCCUAUGAUGGCAACAGUACUGGAGCACCCAUCUUGGCCACUGUAUGCAAAGGAGGAGCUCCUCUUACUGGCAUAACUUCCAGUGGUCCCAGUC